AUGCCUCGAACACGCACAAGAAAGACAAGAGGUGAAAACGAUAUAUUGUUAUAUAAGAACGCUUAUGAUGAUGUCGAACCAGGGGCUUCUUUGAGAAAAGCUGCAGAGAAGUACAGUGUUAAUUAUAUGCCAAGACACUGCUGCGUACCAAAGUGCAAUUCAAAUUACGCCAGUACUUUAAAAAAGGAAGAAACACAAAGUACAUUUUCAUUUCCUAAAAAGGAAGAAAUUAGAAAACAAUGGAUUAGUGCUAUACAUCGUAAAGACUAUGUUGUUAACUCAAAUUCAGUAGUGUGUAAAAAACAUUUUGAUCAAACUGAUAUUAUAGUAAAUGAAUUCUACAUUGAUAAAAAUGGAAUUAAACAUGAAAUUAAACUGAAGUAUCCUAAAUUGAAAGAAGGUGCAAUUCCAAGAAUUUUUGAAAACCAUCCUCAGUAUUUUUCAAAUCCAAAAAAUGCAGAAAGAAGAAAUCCUGAACAAAGAAGAGCUGAAAUAUUUGAAAGACAGGAAAAUGAAGUUGCAGAAUUUUUAGAUGCUGAUCUAAUAAAAAAUUUUAGUGAAUUAUUUGGACAAGUGAAUGUGAAAGUUAUUUUAAAUAAUUGGAAUGUAAAAAUUUUACCAGAAAGAGUUUACUUUUACAUGCUUAAUAUUAGUACUCCAGAUUGUUCCGAUGAGUGUCCUAAAAUUAUUUCUAGCAUAAGUGUUGGUAUGGAUUUAACUGUGUCAGUGUUUACUAAUGACGUGCAACUAUCACCACGAGAUUUAAAAUGGAUUUUACCACAUGAAUGUAAAUUAGGUAGGUGGUCGCAACUCCAGAAUUUAUUAUCAAGAUAUUCUUAUAGCUUAAAAAAUUCUGUGGACGUUAAUUUUUAUAUUUUAAAGGCUUCAAAUAUUAUUGAUGCCAUUAUUAAUCAUUUAAGUGAUGAUGAAAAAAAAGCAACCCUUGAACUAAUUAACAAUCAAUUAUUAUUAUUAACUACAAAAAAAAGAUAUUCAUUGUCAACAAUUUUACUCUCACUAACUAUAUUUCAUCAGUCACCUUCUGCUUACACAUAUUUGAAAAAAUUUCUCAACUUGCCUACUAAAAGAUAUUUGCAAAUAAUAACUUCAUCAUUCCAGUUAUCCCCUGAUGGAAACUUGGAGGAUAAUUAUUUUUCAUACCUUGCUUCACACCUCAAUGACAGAGAGAAGGUUGUAAACUUAUUAGUUGAUGAAAUAUAUGUCAAAGCGGGUUUACAGUACCAAUCUAAAAAUGUAACAGGGUAUGCCACAAAUAAUGCUGACACAUUGGCUACAACAGUCGUAGCAUUUAUGAUAUCAUCUCCAUUUGCCCAUUUUAAACAGGUAGUGCGUUUGUUACCGGUUUGUAAUAUUACAGGAACUGAAUUAAAAGACGCGAUGCUUAAUGCAAUUCAGUACACUCAAAAUAGUGGUUUUAAAGUGUUGAGCGUUAUAACUGAUAAUAACAGGUUAAAUCAAAAUAUGUUUGGGCAAGUAUCAUCAAAUUAUUACAUAUCAAAUCCUAAAUUUAACAAUGAAAAAAUUUUUUUGCUCUUUGAUUUUGUUCACAUUUAUAAAAAUAUUAGAAAUAAUUGGUUAAACCAAAAAGAUCCUCAAAAAACUUUUAUUUUCCCAGAUUACAGUAACCAUCUUUUAACAAAAAAAGCACACUUUGUAGAUAUCCAAAAUUUGUAUAAAUUAGAAAUAAAUAAUAUAACAAAAAGAGCCUAUAAACUUAAUGAUAAAACCUUGUAUCCAAAUAAAUUGGAACGACAAAAUGUGGGUUUGGUAGAAAAUAUAUUUCAUGAGUCCACUAUAGCUGCAUUACAGUCAACUAGUACAUUUACUGAAACAGCAUCAUUUCUCGAAAUUAUAAGAAAUUGGUGGAGUGUAAUUAAUGUUAAAACUAAGUUUAAAGGUCAGAUAAAAAGAAAUGAUUUAGCUACUCCAUUUUUAAAUAACACAGAUCCUAAAUUAACUUUUUUGAAAAACUUUACUAAAUGGCUUGAUGCUUGGAAUAGGAUACCUAAUUCAAAUGGGUUAACCCGUGAUACCUAUGGUGCUUUAAAAAGAAGUACACUGGUUUUAAUUGACAUAAUCGAGUACUCAUUUCUAAAUUUUAAACUAGAUUAUUUAUUACCUGGUAAAUUCCAGACUGAUAAUUUAGAAGAACGGUUUGGACGGUAUAGAAACCUCUCUGGUUGCAAUUAUAAUGUAUCUGUGAACCAGUUAAUACAAUCCGAAAAAAAGAUUAGAAUACAACAUCUUCUGAAAUCUAAUUUACAUACCGAUUGGUUACAAGCAAAAUAUGAUAUUGAUGAAUGUAACAAUGAAAAUAUCGAUUAUUCAAAUUUUACUUUUAUAUUGUCCACAAAUUAUUUAGAAACAUUUCAAUAUGAUGAGUCUACUCAAACUUAUAUCUGUGGAUACGUGGCUCAUAGUGUCCAAAAAUCCAAAAAUAUCAAAUGUAAUAAUUGCAAACAAUUAGUGGUGAAAAGUAUAGGUGAAAAAGUAAACGAUGAGUAUUUUGAUUAUUUACAACGAGGUGGAUUGUGUGUGGCACAGGAUGAAGUGAAAUAUAUUUAUUACCAUUUAUGUGCAAUUUUUGAAUAUAUUAUAAAUGCGAAAGAAAUUUUGACAAAUUUUUUAUUCAGACAGAAUCACAAAUAUUUAUUGGCUUCUUUAGCUCUUGCAAGUUUGGAAACCCAUCACAUGACCCUGGACAUUGGUGAAGAGGAUAGUGAGAAUGAAAGUCUCGCUUAUCUGCGAAGGAAGUUGAUGAUUCAAAAAAACGAAAAUGUGGUUAACGAUAAAAGGAAGAACGAUGUUGAAGAAGAAGUCGAACAAGAAAUAAGAUAG